UUCCUUGAAGAUGUCCCUUCAUCUGUUCGUGCUCUCGCCGUCUGACACGCCCAUCUACAGUCUUACACAUCACUCGACCAAACCCGUAACCAACGUCCCAUCUCCGCUUGCUUCAAACUUGCCGGCUUGGUCGACAUCCGCGUUCGCUGGAACGCUAACCGCGUUGUCUGGCGCGUCCAGUGUCCCGCAUCAUACGACUGGCGGCACAGUUCGAAUGGGCGGUGGACAGGACCGACAUGUGAUACAGAUGAUAGCGAACGCAAGCCUGGAUGUAGUAGAGGAUGUGAUGCGCAAGGAGAAUACGAUGUAUCUGAAAUCGGUGGAUAAAUUCAACGAAUGGACCAUUUCAGCAUUCAUCACACCAGGCAAUACGAAAUUUGUGCUCUUACACGAAAGCAAGAACGACGAUGGCAUCAAAUCUUUCUUCAUGGACGUCUGGGAGUUGUAUGUCAAGACCAUGUUAAAUCCUUUCCACACUGCGCACACUAUUAUCAGAAGUGGAGUAUUUGAUGCCCGAGUACGGCAGAGUGCGAAAAAGUAUUUAUAAUUAAUUAAUUCUGGAUUAAUUUAUAAUUGAUGUAUCACGUGUCC